GCUUGAUCCACUACGGUCAUUACAAGAACAUGCUUUUUAUCGGCAAUAUAAUGAUAUGGAAAACAAACCCGGCAGCACGCAGAGCAUGGAGGUCAUUAAUGUUGAGGCUGCAUUCUGCCACCGCUGGUUUGUCUUCUGGCCCUGGUUUUCGGGAUAGGUCUGAUGGACUCUCUUGUGUUUCUGCUGAAAAGCCUCCUCACAUGCCUGUCAUGCUUAAAGAAGUGCUUCAUUACUUAGAUGUCCAGCCAGCUCAGGUGGUCCUGGACAUGACAUUUGGAGGUGGUGGUCAUACCAAAGCAAUACUGAACACGGUUCCUGAAGUCACUGUCCUGGCCUUAGACCGGGAUCCCACAGCUAUUUCUCUGGCCCAGCAGCUAGCCAAAGAGAACUCUGGUCGUGUGAAACCGCUGCUCGGCCGGUUCAGUGAGCUUGAAGCCUUGCUGUCUAACAUGAACAUUAAGUCAGGCAGCAUUGAUGCUAUCCUGUUGGAUGCAGGCUGUUCCUCCAUGCAGAUGGAUCAGGCAGAGAGAGGCUUCUCCCUCAGCAAGGAUGGACCUUUGGAUAUGAGAAUGGAUGGAGAGAGGUACCCUGACAUGCCCUGCGCUGCUGACGUUGUGAAUACCUUAGAUCAACAGGCUCUUGCAUCUAUCCUCACUGCAUAUGGGGAAGAAAGACAUGCCAGGAAAAUAGCUUCAGCCAUUGUGGAAGCGCGCCGUGUCAACCCCAUCACCCGGACACAGCAGCUGGCCAGCGUGGUUGCAGGAGCUUUUCCUCCAGCCGUUCUCUAUGCACGCAAAGACCGUCUUCAACGUCGUGCCCACAUUGCAACUAAGACGUUCCAGGCCCUGCGGAUCUUUGUGAACGAUGAGUUGAAUGAAUUGCACGCGGGGCUCUGCGCGGCCCAGUCAGCGCUGAAACCUGGAGGAAGGCUCUGCGUGAUCACAUUUCAUUCGUUGGAGGACAGACUGGUCAAACGUUUCCUGCAGGGGCAUGACUUGUCUAACUUGGAUCAAUACCACUUUAGCCAAAACAAGCAAGGCAGCAGAAAGAAAACACUGGCGGAUGAGAACAGUGAAUGCAACAACAGUUCUUACUGGCUUCCUGUAAAAAGAAAAGUGGUCAAUCCAGAAAAAGACAGCGUCAGAGAGAAUCCUCGUGGACGAUCUGCUAAACUCCGGAUAGCUCUACGGCAGUAACUUUCCAACGAUCAUGGAAAAGAGAAAUUGUAUUUCAUAAUGAAAAUUUCAUGUUUUUUACCGUGAACACAAUACUGCACACAUAUCUGAGUUUGUUGCCUAGUGAAGCAGUGAAGUGGUUUGUCUUUGAACUGAAAUGCGUAACAGCUUUCGGACCAUUUGGUAACAGAAAAAAAGGUGACAGUAUCUGAGCUUUUGCAUCAAGUGAGAAUUAAUGCCAGGCAACAACAUGCUUCAUCUUUGUGAUCUAGUUUUUUAAGAAAAUGAAUAAAAACCAUAACCUUAUCCUUGCCAAAUUCUCUCAAAGAUAUUUCAAUGACAGCUCAUUGUGUUUUUAUAUUUAUUUGAUACAAACAUUCUUAUACUAAGCUUCACUGUAAUUGUACUUCAGUCAGAAGACUUUUUGCAGAAGAUGUAUGUCUUUUCAUGAGAGUGCAUCACUUCGCACGUCUGCCGUGGCGUUAUUAGCGAACAGCAGCAACGGUGUUUAAGUAAAGACAGCCUAAAAAUGUCCUUAGUCCAAAGCUGAUUUUUAAAAUGACUUAAAGGUUUUUGUGACUGGUCAAAAUUUGCAAUGUUGACACUGAAGUUAAGAAGCAGUAACCUUGUUUCAUGAAAUUAUUUCUCAUUUGACUUUUUUUAAUUGAUAAUGCACAAUUUUAUCAAAACAGGAUGAAUGUUCUCGUCACUCCAAAUUUCUAAACAUGGAGGCUUCAACAUUUUAGUUUGUUGGUUUUCAUAAAUCUGUCUCCUGCUGCCAAUAAAAUCUGUAGUUUCAUGUGUGGCCCUGCAAAGAACUGCGUUGCACUGCUUUUUUUUUAUUAGUCUGAGAUUCGUUUGUGGAAACGUAGCUCUUGCAAACGAAGCAAUUUAUUUUGGAAAAAAUUUGGUUGAGGAAAACAACCCAAUGCCAUUUUUGUUUUUACAGUAGAUGAUUUGGUCAUAAUGCUGCCCAAGUUGACAGAUUUUUGUCAUCCUGGUUUGAUUUUAUUCAAUAAUUACUUUACUUAUUUAAGUAAAAGGUGCUAACCUCUGUUCAAGUGUAUCUUUUGGUGGUAUUCUUUGUCUGAGACAGUUUUUGACUUGAGCAUCAUGUUUUAAAGUUGUUUUCUACUUCAAGACAGCAUAGAUGUAUCACUUCCAGGCUUUUUGGUGUAGGUGAGCCCAACAGUUUAUUCAUCUGAACGAUAUGAACAAAAUGGAGGAUGUUGCCAGUUUCAGUUGUUUCUUUUCUAUUGAAUUUUUAAUUGUUUGUAAUAUCUUUAAAAGGUCCUGAGAAAAGCCACACACACACAACAAAAGAGAGAUUUUACAAUACAGGAGCAGACUUUCUAUUAUGUCCUUAAACUGUCAUUAUAAUAAUUGUGAAAUAAGGAUUUGCUCGUUGUUUCUGUUGCCAAACAGUUCAAAAUAAAAAUGUCAAAAAGCAAUCUCAUUGUCCAGAUACCAAUUGUGCAUGUUUACAUGUUCAAGCUACGCAUGAUGGCACUUGAAGUUGUUGCUGCCCGAAGCUUAAUAUGUAAAACCAGCACAGAAAUCUUUUUUUUUUUUUUUUUUUUCAUUGACGUCUGUAUUUUUCCUGAACCUCCCUUGAUGAGUAGCUCAAGUGCAACCUCUACUGCACCAUAUGAAUCAGUAAUGCCACUAAAUACUGAAUGACGCAAGUGUCAGAAGUGGUGCUGAAUGAGCUGGGUGGUUGUUCUUGAGCAUUCUCUCACCUUCAACUGUAAGCAGAUGAGGUGUUUUGAUCUUUACUAUUUAACUUUGGCUAAUUGUAAUUGCUUCAUCAAGAUUAACACUUUUUUUUUCUUCCUUCUCAGUUUUGUGCUCUCUAAAUAUACCCUUGCAGUUACCUUGGAAACUAAGUGGUGCAAGUAAUACUCAAGCGCAUCUAAAUUUAUAUCCUGUAGUUUAAUCUACAUUGAAAUUAAGCUGUAUUGGGAGUUUUCUACACCCCUUCCUGGUGGCAUGAGUGGAUGCCACAAGGUUUUGCUGUGUGGUGUGGAUCAUACUUUAGGUUUUCUUCUUCUAUGCCAGUUAAUCAGCGAAAACUUCUAUGAGAAUCCCUCUGAAUUUUAUUUUUUGUGUGUGUGUGGGAUCGACCAAAACAAUCUAACGGUAACAUUGUAAAAUUACAGUGUGUUCAACUGCAGAAAACAAAUUUAUUUGUGAUUUAGUUUUAUGUAGUUUGUGACUCCGAAUACAAACUCAGCUGUCCUUUGUAUUUACUGGAGUUACACGUGAGACGCUGAUCAAUCACAACGGCCAAUAAGAAGCAAGAUUGUUUUGUUGUGUUUAGAGCCUCAGGGAAAUAAGAGGUCCAUUAUGUAUUUUACCAUAAAGCCAAUUUUCUUGGCCCUAUAGUCACGUUAUUGUUUUUAUCUUUAAAGUAAAUUCAGAAUAAAAAUGUAGAUUUUCCUCAAAGAAGCACUACAAUGUUUUUUUUUUCAGCAAAUAGAAAUAAUUUAGGUAAUUCUAAUGAACUCAAAACAAGGAAAAUUGGUUUGAUUCAACAUCAGACAGUUAUGAAAAAAAAGAUUUGCGUCUUCUUAUUUGGUGUGUUUAAUCAUGUGGUUUAUCAGGGUGAAAUGACCCCAAACUCUGUAUAAACGAAGACAAAAUGUUCGUAUGGCCUCUUAUGUCCAUUGCUAUGAUGUAAAGUGACUUACAAAAUUAUUCAGAAUGUUUGAACAUGACAGGGAAAACCUCUUUCAAAAUGCAGAGUAAAGAUAUUCUUGUCAUAUCCACCUGAA